ACGUGACCAGGGGAUGAGCUGAAUUAAUGCUGAGGCACACACACACACACACACACACACGGAGCCCUGAGAACACACGACGACGACGCUCUGGAUGCUUCCAGUGUGAAGAACGCAGUGCACAGCGUCGCCAUUACAGCCGUGGGAGCCUCGGUGUGAAGCAGGAAGAUGAUUUCUCCGUGGGACAGAUGGUACACCACGAGCUGCUGCCUCUGCUGCCAUGUCCGGACUGGCACCAUUAUCCUCGGAGUGUGGUACAUGCUCAUCAAUGCCGUGGUCCUGUUAAUCCUGCUGUCUGCCCUAAACGACCCGGUGCAGUAUCACUACCACCUCACCAGUGCUGAACUUGGCACAGAUUUGGACGUCAUGGAUGAUGCUAACAUGUGCAUCGCUGCUGCAAUUUCCCUGCUGAUGAUACUGAUUUGUGGGAUGGCCGCUUACGGUGCUUAUAAGCAACAUGCUGCUUGGAUUAUUCCAUUUUUCUGCUACCAAAUCUUUGACUUUGCUCUCAACACCCUGGUAGCAAUAAGUGUCAUGGUUUACCCGAACACCAUUCAGGACUACCUUGAGCAACUGCCUGGGACCUUUCCAUACAAAGAGGACUUGAUGUCCACCAACAACAUAUGCCUAGUGUUCGCUGUACUCAUCUUCAUUGGCUGUAUCCUGGCUUUCAAGGCGUACCUGAUAGCCUGUGUGUGGAACUGCUACAGAUAUGUUAGUGGAAGAGGCACCACAGAGGUCCUGGUUUAUGUCACCACUAAUGAUACAACCGUGCUGCUUCCAUCCUACGAAGAGGUUGUCGCAAUUCCACCGAAAAAGCCACCCCCUGAGUAAAUCUCAGCCUAAGACAGAUGUCUUUUUCUCUCAGACUCCUUCAAUCUUCUCCCUAAAUAUCCUCCAAAGAAAAAAUCUUCCUUCUUCUGUCAGUGUUUCCUGUUUCCCCACUCAAGCCUUUCAAUUUUUACUCUGUCAGUGUCGUCUCUAUCCUUUUGUUCCUGAAGGCACUAGUGUGACUCACACUCCCCUACAUGAGUCUUCUUAGCCUUUCCUGGCAGCCCAGUGCUGCGUGUCGGCUCCAAAUUGGAUUUGCACUUCCAGCAUUCAGUGAUUCUGCACAGCACUGACCUCCCCCCUUUUUUAAAAAAAAAAAAGAAAAGAAAGAAAUACUGUGAACUUCUCAGCCCCGCUCUCGGCCAAUGAAACACCUGACCUGUUUUCAAAUAAGGCAGGUCGUAAUAAACACACGAAUUACUUACGAGCACCUUUCCCAGGAACCUCAUGAAUGUGGCAGGCAGGGUAAUAUGUAAUAAACAUUACAAAAAAACUCUUUCAAAAGAUCCCAAAUGACCAGUUUACAUCAAGUUUAUAGCAACCGCAGGCAAUAUUAAUUCCAAAUCAAUCAUGGGGGAAUUUUUUGUGUAUUCCAGAUUUCAGAAAAAUAUAUCGUGUAUAUAGUUACAUAAAAAAAAACAAGCAAGUUUAAUUGUGAAAGUAAUCUAGUCAUUGUUACGUUACCUCCAUUUCCCUUUUAUAUCUCAGACUAUAGCUAUUUCCAUACACAGCCCUGUAUUGCUGAAUUGAUUCAAAACCCUCACAUCCAGUGGCUACCGAUCCUAUGCACGAGUCGCCACGUCGUCUUUUUUUUGCACUUAAGUCUUAAGAAUUCAUGUUGUAGGUGCUGUGAUAGAUAACGAUGGCGAGUUAGACUGUAUGUAGCACAGUACCAUAGUAGUAGUAUUGCUAGCACGCAGCCCCGUAUGGGUCUGAAUAUUCGAGUGAAAUAAAUAAGCUCCUGAAGUCUUCCCUUAGGUUAAUACUUAAUCGCUUAAGAUUUGAACCUGAAUCUGUUAAUGUUAUAUAAAGAUCUAUGCAACGACUGUGCGGAAUUGUGCGAUAAUGUACCAUGUUUCAACCCAUGAAGCCUGCGUUCUCAGUGCUCUGUGCUCGCAGUAUCAUAUUUCUCAAAUUUGGCGUUUUCUACUUACCAAUUAUUUCGAAUGGGUUCAGUUUUGGAGAGGAUUUGUAUCAUCAUUCAUUUGUAGAUUUCCUGCUUGAUUGAUGUUCCUUUAGGAAGCAAUGGAAGAAAAUUGUGUGUAGAAAUAUUGUGUAGAAAUAGGGACAAAAAGUCUUACAAACUUAACAAACUCUAGUACCCAACUGUUUUUCUGUAGUUGCAAAAUUUUUUAUACAUUCAGUGCAAAGCAGUAGCUGAAUCCCCAUUUUGCCCUGUUACGUUGUCUAUACAGAGCUUUGGGUCGUAAAAUGGUAAAAUAUCGCGAUGAACAACCUGCAGUUAACACAUUUGCUGUAUCUGCACAGUUCUGGCUGUUUGUUUUUUUUUCUCGUCAUGAAGCAAUUCAUUAUUAGGAUUCAAUCAUUUUGUGAUGUAAUGUGUUUAGAUUUCUGAAAUCAAACAUAACGUAAUCCAAUCGAUCACCAGAGUGUUUCCCGAGCGAGUAACAUGUUUAUUUAGAAAAAAAAAAGAAGAAUUUCGCAUUUCUUACUGGUUUCUACUGUUGGUUGUAUGUUUUGUCUGUAAUUGAGGUGAUUCGAACUCGACGUUUUAUCAGCUGCAACAUUUGUACCGAUCAGUUCUUAAAAAUUAAAGGAUUCUCAUGUCGA